AUGGCGGGGUUCGCCGUCCCCGCAGAAGUCCGCGUGAUCCUGCUCGACGUCGAAGGCACGACCACGCCGGUCGCGUUUGUCCAGGACAUCUUAUUUCCUUACAUCAAAGACAACAUCAAAGAUUACUUGCGAGCACAUUGGGAAGACGAGGCGUGUCAACAGGACAUCGGCCUUCUGAGAAAACAGGCUGAAGAGGAUUCUCACAUGCAUGGGGUUGUUCCUAUCCCGCUGGAAACCAGGGACGGGGAAGAAGAGAUCGAGCGCGUUAUCCAGGCUGUCAUAGACAACGUUCACUGGCAGAUGUCUUCAGAUAGAAAGACCACGGCCUUGAAACAGCUCCAGGGACACAUAUGGAAAGCAGCCUAUGAAAAUGGUUGUGUGAAGGGAGAGCUUUUUGAGGAUGUGGUACCGGCGGUUAGGAAGUGGCGAGAAAGAGGAAUGAAGAUUUAUGUUUAUUCCUCUGGGAGCGUGGAGGCACAAAAGCUCUUGUUUGGAAACUCAACGGAAGGCGAUAUUUUGGAGCUCCUUGACGGCCACUUUGACACCGAAAUUGGCUCCAAAGUAGACAGCGAAAGUUACCAGCGGAUUGCCACCAGCAUCGGGUGUUCUACAAACAAUAUCCUGUUCCUGACAGAUGUCACUCGAGAGGCUGAUGCCGCAGAAGAAGUCGAUGUUCACGUCGCGGUUGUCAUUCGGCCAGGCAACGCCGGACUAACAGAUGACGAGAAAUCUUAUUACAGACUUAUAACGUCUUUCAACGAACUGUUCCUGCCACCGUCCACUUAAGACGCAAAAUUGCACAGGGAAUGAAAGCAAACUGCCCCC